AUGCUCUGGCCUUUGUCGUCACUUGGACUUGAAGCGAUGCUUGAAGUACAAAGGCAUUUAGCAGGCCUUGUACGUAGAAUGGAUGAAAUUAGGAGGCUGAAUAAUGAUAAUGGAGAGGUGCGUGGGACUGGCUUCACAUAUAAUAAUCUUAUGUUUAUAGUAGUACUUGUUUAUCAAGAGGUUCACGAUUCGGUAAACCGGUAA